UCAUGGCGGUGGCGGCGGCCGCGGCUUCCCGGCUGUGGCUCUGGGCUGCCCUGCUUAUCCCUGCGGCCGCGGUCUACGAAGACCAAGUGGGCAAGUUUGAUUGGAGACAGCAGUAUGUUGGGAAGCUCAAGUUUGCCUCUUUGGAAUUUUCCCCUGGAUCGAAGAAGUUGGUUGUGGCCACAGAGAAGAAUGUGAUUGCAGCAUUGAAUUCUCGGACUGGGGAGAUCUUGUGGCGCCACGUUGACAAGGGCUCGGCAGAAGGGGUGGUGGACGCCAUGCUGUUCUGCGGGCAGGAUGCAAUCACUGUGUCCAAUGGAGGCCGGAUCAUGCGCUCCUGGGAGACAAACAUCGGGGGCUUGAACUGGGAGGUUACCCUGGACAGUGGCAGUUUCCAGGCCCUCGGGCUGGUCGGCCUGCAGGAGGCAGUGAGGUAUGUUGCGGUCCUGAAGAAGACCACGCUCGCCCUCCAUCACCUCUCCAGUGGGCACCUGAAGUGGGCGGAACACCUCCCGGAGAGUGACAGCAUCCACUACCAGAUGGUCUAUUCCUACGGCUCGGGGGUCGUGUGGGCCCUCGGAGUCGUCCCCUUCAGCCAUGUGAACGUUGUCAAGUUUAACGUGGAAGAUGGAGAGAUCGUUCAGCAGGUCAGGGUGUCGACCCCCUGGCUGCGGAGUCUCACCGGGGCCUGUGGUGUGGUGGACGAGGCUGUCCUGGUGUGCCCGGACCUAAGCUCGCGGUCCCUGCAGACCUUGGCCCUGGAGACAGAGUGGGAGCUGAGGCAGAUCCCGUUGCAGUCUCUUGACCUAGAAUUCGCAAGUGGAUUCCAAGCCCGGAUCCUGCCCACGCAGCCCAGCCCGGUGGACCCGUCUCGGGCGCAGUUCUUCCUGCAGUUGUCCCCAAGCCACUAUGCACUGCUGCACUGUCACCACGGCGUCCUGAGUCUGCUCAAAAACUUCCCGCAGGCUGCCCUGGUGAGCUUCGCCACCACUGGAGAGAAGACAGUGGCUGCAGUCAUGACCUGCCGGAACGAGGCGCAGAAGCCCAGCGUUUCUGAAGAUGGGUCACCUGGGAGCUUUUCGGAGAAGUCUGGUCCCCAGGACUCGCUGGCUUGCUUCAACCAGACCUACACCAUCAACCUCUACUUAGCGGAGACAGGCCGGCGGCUGCUCGACACCGCGAUCACCUUCAGCCUGGAACAGAACGGCACUCGGCCGGAGCGGCUAUACAUCCAGGUCUUCCUGAAGAAGGAUGACUCCGUGGGCUACCGGGCCUUGGUGCAGACACAGGAUCACUUGCUGCUUUUCCUGCAGCAGCUGGCAGGGAGGGUGGUGCUGUGGAGCCGCGAGGAGUCCCUGGCUGAGGUGGUGUGCCUGGAGAUGGUGGACCUGCCGCUGACCGGGGCGCAGGCGGAGCUGGAAGGGGAGUUUGGCAAGAAGGCAGCCAUCCAAGAUGGCCUGCUGGGCAUGUUCCUGAAGCGCCUGUCCUCCCAGCUCAUCUUGCUGCAGGCCUGGACCUCCCACCUCUGGAAAGUGUUUUACGAUGCUCGGAAGCCCCGGAGCCAGAUCAAGAACGAGAUCAACAUUGACACUUUGGCCAGGGAUGAAUUCAACCUCCAGAAGAUGAUGGUGAUGGUGACGGCCUCGGGCAAGCUCUUCGGCAUCGAGAGCAGCUCCGGCACCAUCCUGUGGAAGCAGUAUCUCCCGCACGUGACGGCAGGCUGCUCCUUCACGCUGAUGGUCCAGCGGACGACCGCGCACUUCCCCCAGCCGCCCCAGUGCGCCCUGCUGCUGCGGGAUGGGGAGACGGGAAUGAGUUCGCUCUAUGUCUUCAACCCCAUUUUCGGGAAGUGGAGCCAGGUGGCGCCCCCCGUGCUGAAGCGCCCCGUCUUACAGUCUCUGCUGCUGCCCAUCAUGGAUCAGGACUAUGCCAAGGUGCUCUUGCUGAUAGACGACAAGUACGAGGUCACAGCCUUCCCAGCCACUCGGAAUGUCUUGCGGCAGCUCCAUGAGCUCGCCCCUUCGAUCUUCUUCUACUUGGUGGACGCAGAUCAGGGGCGGCUGUGCGGAUAUCGGCUCCGGAAGGACCUCACCACUGAGCUGAGCUGGGAGCUGACCAUCCCCCCGGAGGUGCAGCGCAUUGUGCAGGUGAAGGGCAAGCGCAGCAGUGAGCACGUGCACUCGCAGGGCCGCGUGAUGGGGGACCGCAGCGUGCUCUACAAGAGCCUGAACCCCAACCUGCUGGCUGUGGUGACGGAGAGCACAGAUGUUCACCACGAGCGCACCUUCAUCGGCAUCUUCCUCGUGGACGGUGUCACGGGGCGCAUCAUCCACGCCUCCGUGCAGAGGAAGGCCAGGGGCCCUGUCCACAUCGUGCACUCGGAGAACUGGGUGGUGUACCAGUACUGGAACACCAAGGCCCGGCGCAACGAGUUCACGGUGCUGGAGCUCUACGAAGGCACGGAGCAGUACAACGCCACGGCCUUCAGCUCCCUGGACCGCCCGCAGCUGCCCCAGGUCCUGCAGCAGUCCUACAUCUUCCCGUCCGCCAUCAGCGCCAUGGAGGCCACCAUCACAGAGCGGGGCAUCACCAGCCGCCACCUGCUCGUCGGGCUGCCUUCCGGAGCCAUCCUCUCCCUCCCCAAGGCCUUGCUGGACCCUCGCCGCCCUGAGACCCCGACAGAGCAGAGCAGAGAGGAGAACCUGAUCCCAUAUUCUCCAGACGUGCAGAUCCACGCAGAGCGGUUCAUCAACUAUAACCAGACAGUUUCUCGAAUGCGAGGUAUCUACACAGCUCCCUCGGGCCUGGAGUCCACUUGUCUGGUCGUGGCGUACGGUUUGGACAUUUACCAGACUCGUGUCUACCCGUCCAAACAGUUCGACGUCCUGAAGGAUGACUAUGACUACGUGCUCAUCAGCAGCGUCCUCUUUGGCCUGGUCUUCGCCACCAUGAUCACGAAGAGGCUGGCGCAGGUCAAACUCCUGAACCGCGCCUGGCGAUAAAGGCCUGAGACCCCCCUGCCAGAGAGCAGAGGGCCGAGGAGAGCGAGGGGCGGGCGCCAAGCUCCAGCGGCCCUCCCAGGUUGAGGGGGACGUGUGUGAGGCGCUCAUCUCAGCCAAGCGCUGUGGGAGGGGGACGGACUCCCAUGGAGACUGCUCUGGGGACACAUCUGCUGAGGAGUCUUCAGGGGCGGACACAGGCUGGACUCUGUCAGCCGAGAGCGUGGAGCAUCCUGAGGACUUUCCCCUGGAGUCCCAAGGCUGUUGUCAUUCCCGGACUCUGUCAGCCGAGACCGCAGAGCAUCCUGACGGCCUUUCCCCUGGAGUCCCAAGGCUGUCGUCGUUCCCUCUGUGCCUGUCCACAGAUGUCACUGUUUGAUAAGACCUCCAGCAGACCUUUCAUGAGGCCUGCUUAAAUUGAUGUCAGUUUGCCUUCUGUCUCCCAGGUGUAUCUGGGAAGCCUUCUCCUUGCUUCCAAAGUCAGAAGGAACUCUUACCGGUAACUCUACCUUAUAGGUGCGUUUGCUGUUUCACACUGGGGAGAAAGAAGAGCCACACUUAGCUGAGGUUUGAGAACCGAUCCAGCCUCUCAUGGCUUCUUUCCAAAGUAACUGUGCGUCAAGGAAUCUCUGUUUGUGUCAAAAUUUCUCUUAACUAAGCCUCUCAUUUCAUGCUCCCAUUCAUGAAUGGGCCAGCUGGCCUUAGAUUCAGUUUAUCGAAAACUGGGUGCAUAGUAAUAUCUUUCUUUGUUGGUUGUUGUCGAAGCUCUUCUAAAAUGUGUCAGAGCUGAGGCCUUUUCAGUACUACUGAAUCGUCUGCACCUUGAAGGGAUUUUAAGGGAGGAAGGCAGAUCUGCCCAUUUUACAGUCUCUCUCAACCUCUCAUUUCACCCUUAGGCUGACCUGAUCAUCUUAUAACCCAGUUGGAAAAAGUUGUCCUUCUUUAAGAAACCUCAUUAUUUAUGUUUGGUUAUGCGUUAAUGUGUGGGUUACUAUACUUCUUUUAAAAUCAGCAGCUUUUAAAUCUUGUCUCUAAACAAGGGGCGGAAAGGGUAGGGGUGGGACCCGGGUGUCUUGUGGAUGUAGCCUUGUUGACUGGCUGCACUGUUUUCUCUGCUGCAAAUUGAAGAUGGCCUAAAAAUUUCCCCUGUCAGUGGGUUUGGGGGACUGAUGGAGUUUUUCUCUACUGUGAAGAAUGAAAUGUACAGAGAGCCCUGUCGGGAGAGAGGUACGUUUAAGUGUCCGAAUAAAGUGAGUGACAAAUGACA